CUCAACCCUUCCUGCUGCCCCCCUGGCCACCUCCCUGUCCCCGUCCCCCCGUCCGGCCGCUCAUCAGCUCCUCCAUCCCGCCAGGAGACAAGAGCGACCCCGAUGGCAAAGCCAAAUCUGGCAAAAGCACCAAGAAGGAGCCGAUGUCCAUGUUCCAGGUGAAUGGGGAGAAGAACCGACAACACCCGGUGCUGCCUGACGCUGUCCCCUGUGUCCCCCGCGCCGCCACCACCGGCAGCGAUGAGGAGGAUGAUUCCGACUCCAGCACCAAACCCAUCAGGUCGGAGAAGAAGAAAAACCCCGUGUCCCUCUUCCAGACUGGUGGGGACCCCCCCAAGGAGAAAAAAACCAAAAAGAAAGCUCCUCCCAAAGUGGCCGAGAGUGAAGAGGAGACCCCGGAGACCCCACAGAAAAACUCCAACAAGAAGGGGAAAGGGAAGAAAUCAAAGAAGCCGAAGGAGGAGAGGCCCCCGUCGCCCGUCGUCGAGGUGGACAACCUGGAGGAGUUCGUGCUGCGGCCGGCGCCGCAGGGGGUGACCAUCAAGUGCCGAGUGACGCGGGACAAGAAGGGGAUGGACCGGGGGCUUUACCCCACCUACUACCUCCACUUGGAUAACGACAAGAAGGUGUUUCUCCUCGCCGGGAGGAAGCGUAAGAAGAGCAAAACCUCCAACUACCUCAUCUCCAUUGACCCCACCGACCUGUCACGGGGGGGAGAGAACUUCAUCGGGAAGCUGAG